AUGUUGGGACCUGAAAUGCUCGGAUUUGGGGUGGAGUGGAUGAAUAGUGAAGUGUCCACCGGAACAACAAUCAUGGCCACUCAGUAUGAUGGGGGUGUAGUAGUUGGUGCAGAUUCUAGGACAACAACCGGGAGCUAUAUCGCCAAUCGAGUGACAGACAAAUUGACCAGGAUCACAGACUACAUCUACUGCUGCCGUUCUGGAUCUGCCGCAGACACACAAGCUGUUGCUGAUCUAGUCAAGUACCAGAUUGACUUUCACAGAAUGGAGAUGGGCAAGGAGCCGCUGGUGAAAACAGUUGCCAACAUCUUCAAGCAGUUGUGCUAUGACUACAGGGACCAGAUCACUGCAGGCAUCAUUGUUGCUGGAUGGGAUAGUAAAGAUGGGGGACAGGUGUAUUCAGUUCCCAUCAGUGGCAUGCUCCAGAGGAUGCCAUUUACCAUUGGAGGAUCAGGCAGUUCCUAUCUCUAUGGAUAUGUGGAUGCCAAUUUCAAGCCUGCCAUGACAAAGGAGCAAAGUCUACAGUUUGUGGCCAACUCCGUCUCCCUGGCCAUGAACCGCGAUGGAUCUAGCGGUGGUAUUAUCCGUCUGGCAUCUAUAUCCAAAGAUGGAGUUGAGCGACAUGUCCUCACUGGCGAUAAAGUGCCUAAAUUUUAUGAAGAUUAUUAA